GUCCCACUACAAACAAACCGCCUGUGUUUUCGUAGUGCUCGUCGUCGUGUUCGUUUCGUUUUCGUUCACCACUCACUCAUUCAGUACUUCGAUUCGCGACGCGACGAACGCAAGUCGUUUUUGUAGUAAAAGGCGACAACGACGACUUUCGGCCGGAGUGCUUUUAGUUGUGAGCUCUGUAGUAAAAAUCGCAAAGGCUUGCUGCGACGAGUGGUGUGUGUAGAAAAUUUUCGCACUGCUUCUUCCUGCCUACUCUGAUCGGGUUGUUCUGUGCGGAUAUUUCUCGCGUUUUGGAAUCGAACGGGAAGAAAAAAAGAUGGAAGUUCUCUAGUGAUUAUUAUUCAUCGACGACGAAAAUAUGCUUUGAAAUCGUGUGAAAUCCCUUUGUGAAGAUCCCGAAGAAAAUCAGUGAGAGCAAAAUAAAGAGUGAUCCAACCCAUUCCAAUGCCAAUCAAAUUUUGUGGAAAAAUGAUGUAAAAAGGAAGGUUUCUUUUGUGAAUAAUAGGAAAAUAAGCUGCAUUUAAUACCAGUUUGCCCCAAAAAUAGUGAUAGUGAAAAAAAGCUUGAUUAGCAGUCCUAAAAACGAAGAAAACGAGAUUCACCUGUCAGCGGAGGCGCAGUGGUCUACGCCCCAUUUUUUUUCCAUCCUUGCCCAAGGAAAAAAAUAUUGCAGAUCAUAGUGUAGACAGAGGGACAAAUUUUUUCUCAGAAGGAAGUGCCAUGAACUCCCGAAUAAAGGAGGAUGUCAGCCGAUUGUUCGAGUACUGGUGCGAGAUUGCUCCUGGCGCUGCGACGACGCCGUCUUCGCCAAUUUCGGCAAGCCCAUCGACACAAAACGGGGACACCAGCGGUGGCAAAAACUCCGGCUACAUCGUUCAGAGCUUUCCGGAGUCGUUCAAGGAUGCCAAGGUGAUUGCCGAUAUCCCGGCGUUUGCGUUUCCAUGCUCCCUCGAAAGCAACCGGACAAUCCAGGUGCACUCGUUCGUCCUCACCAACAUCGACUCCAAGUGGCGGUUUGGAUUCUGCAGGCAUGAUCCAAAGUCCCCGACGGCGAUGGUCAUCGUCACCUACCUGCCCUGGCACGACACCUUCAUCCGGUUCCUGAACGUGUUGGCCGACGUGCGGAAAAACUCCCAGAGUGAGUUCGAGUCUUUCCUAGCGGAAGCGUACAACAAGGGCGUCCCGGAGCCGGGAGGAUGUCUCAAGUUGCAGUACGAUCGCCCCGUGCAGACCUUCGUCUUCCAGAGGCCCCAGCAGUUCCUUCUUCCCAGUAUACCGGAGAACCACAACCUCAACCUGUACUAUAACUUUGUGGACCCGAAAGCCAUGAUCGGUGUAUUCGCCGCGAUGCUGGCAGAGCGGCGGAUCAUCUUCAUGUCGCGCCGCCUGGACGUCCUGUCGUCCUGCAUCCAGGCGGCGAAUGCAUUCCUCUACCCGAUGGUGUGGCAGCACAUCUUCAUCCCGGUCCUGCCGAUGAAGAUGAAGGACAUCCUCGGGGCACCGAUGCCCUUCCUGAUAGGGAUCCCCGACGCGGUGUACAGGUCGCUCCGCAAGGAGGAGAUCGGUGACGUCGUCAUACUGAACUGUGAUAAGCGGACGCCGGACGCGCUGGAGACGCCGUUCGACGAUGUGAAAAACAUGCCACCGGAACUGGUCGCCUCGCUCAAGAAACACCUGGCCAACUCGACCGAACAUCGGGGGGACCGGGUAUCGAAGAUAUUUUUAGGUAUUUUAGUGCAAUUAAUUGGCGGCUACCGGGACGCGGUAAAGUUCAACGACAAGAUCACGUUCGAUCCGGAAACGUUUAUCGACACCCGACCGUCGCAUCUGAGGCCAUUCCUAACCAAAAUGCUGCAGUUGCAGAUAUUCCAGCAGUUCAUCGAGGAACGGCUGGACAUGUUGAACACCGGGCAGGGAUUUUCCGACGAGUUCGAAGUGGAGUGCUUCCGCUAUGCGGAAAAGUCCGGACGCAAGGUGAAACAAUACAAGGACCUGCUGAAAAAUUUUAAAGAUAAGGUUAAGGAAGGUGGCAAAGGAGUCAAAACGGCAUACAAAGGUCUGCGGUCGAAGUUUCGCGAAACGACACCCCCGAAGUCGAAGCUGGACAGCAGUAUCAACUCACACAUGUCCCAGUACGAUGUGGGUCAUCAGUCGGCACCGAACUCGCCCGUUUUCAACAAACGGCCCCAAACGAUUGCCCUGCCGGACGAUUCGUCCUACCAUCACGCCAACCAAAUGCUGACCCCUUCCAGUACUUCGCUGUACAACUCGCCGCACAUCGCCAUGAGCAAUAGUAGCCAUAACAAUUACAACACCAUUACCGGGUGCAGUAGCAGCAGCGCCAUGAACAACAAUUUCAACAGUAACAACAAUCACAAGUUGCACUCCAGCAGCUACACCUACAACACCAGCAGUAGCAGCGACGUGCGGAGUCCUUCGCUUAGCCUGAGUCCCACCAGUUCGAACUCGUCGUCGGAGAUGAAUCUGAUGCAGGAACUGCAGCACCUGGCGCUGUUCAAGUCCCCUGCGGUCAACCGAAAUCUCAAGCCGACGUACAGUCUGGACUCGCCGAAUCGGCCCGCAUCACGAACCGGGGCUCCGGUGAGUCCUCCCGGGGCCGGUUAUGGACUGCCUCGAAUACAAGAAGCUUCGGCACAACCGCUUCUACAGCUGGAUCUCCACAACGGAACACCGGAGAUGAACGGUCAACGAGGAUUCCACAACGUGGAAAACAACUACAACAACAACGAUCAAAACUUUGACCUUUCACCGGACAUGCCCUGUCCACCGGUGCCUCCGAGGCGCUUCCAAACGGCAGCCGAAGCCCUGGCCGCCAUCCAGAUUUCGCCCCCACCAAUGUCUCCCCCUUCGUCUUCCUCGUCGACCUCGGCGUCACCCUAUAGAAACUAUAACAACUUCCUAAACCACGCUGCCAUGAUGCAAUCGAAACCAAAUCAAUGCUCGAAACCGAACACGACCGGAUCGCCCUCAUCAAUCGUUAGUCAAUCACCACCACUCCCCUCGCCACCGCCACCGCCGCCCCUGAAAGCGAGUCGGAACGAUCCGCUUGUAACGCAGUUCGACGACGAUGAACUGAUCACCUUAACGCCAAAUAAUUCCACCAACAACGCUAGUAGCCAAAUCGUACUCGAAUCUAGUGACACGAUGAAUCGAACAACCGGCACAGACAAUGGCCAUCACCUGCUGCUAUCCAACGGUACCAGCGCGGUACCGGAUCAUACGAUCGUGCAACAUUCGAACACGUUGCCACAUCCUUCCUCUCAUCAUCAUCAUCUUAACAGCCAUCAUAAGCCACCGGCCCCGCAGCCCCCGCAGAGGCCUCCGCUGGCACCGAAGCCCACCUUCCGCAAAGAGUCUAACGUCGAUGUGGCUGACGCUAACGCUACCGCCAAUGCUCCUUCAUCAUCCGCACACCCUGCCUCCCGAACGGAGCGUUCUCCCAGGGACAAUCCAACGGCGCCAAUAGCUCCGACGACCUUAUCAAUCUGGACACCACCAAUUCCAGCUUCGAGUUGGAAGACUUUGAUCCCCUAAACGAAAAAGCUAGACCAAUCCCCGCUGGAACGAAGCCAGCUCGCAGUAGUCUACUAACAUCUGGGGCCACAUCACCACAGCCGACCCCAUCGGCCACGUACGGUUUCAAUAAUCCCGUUUACCCUUAUUUCACACCACCAUUCCUUCAUGGCACCAAAUCGGCCAUCUCGACGCCACUUUCUUCGUCCUUCAACGCCACGACCCAAAUGCAACACAACUUCAACAACCAUCACCACCACCCAGCACACCAUCAGCACUCGCUCUCGCAAGGGAACUUUCCAUCCGUUGGGCCAGGAGCAGGGACGACUGGUUUUAGUCCUGGUAGCGGUCCCACUAAGAUCCCCAACCACAGCGUACAGGACGAUUUCGAGCUGUUACGAAACUACGGUCUAGAUAAGUUCUCGCUUCUAGAUAGCGCUAGCAGCAGCAAUAUCGGCAUCAACGGUAAGCAACAACAUCACAUGGCAAGUCUUCUCAGUAACAGCACCCAGCUACAGGGAAAUAUGACCACAACCACAACGGCUAACGGCAGUAGGGAUAGCGGUAGCAGUUUGAAACAGUUCGGCACAAUCAAUAGCAUGGCCAAUGGUCGCCCGAGCUCAGUAGGUGGCAGCACUAAGGCGGCGCCCGGCAAAUGGACCACCUUCGACUGAGACUCAACACUAGAUUUGUCCGUGGUUCGUUUGGUGGUACUCCGUGUACAUAUGUAGUAGAUAGUAGGUAUGUGCAUUUUAGGUUUCAUCUCUUGCUAGGUUUGAGUUUUCGAGACGAGCAAAAUAUAUCCAAGAGAUACAGACAGAAUAGUAUUUCCCAUUGCGUUUAGUCCGUUUUUUUUUGUGUUGAAAGUGUUUUCUUUUCUGUUAUUAGGACAUUAUAUUGUUUUUACAGAGUGUGAUCUAUGUCCACUAUUGCGGGGCAGAACAGCGAUAGUGGUAUACAAAGAUAGAACUGUUAUAUAAUUUAUAUAGACCCAUUAUCUAGUGGUAGUAUUUAUCCUAUUGGGGGGAGAAUAAAGAAUAGAAGAAAUUGGCAAGCAAA